UUCACCACCCUCUCUAGUUUUAGGAACAGGUGUUUGGAAACACAGGUGUUUGACAGUUACAUGCACGCAGGAACUUGAGGUCAGGCAUUCAGAUAGUCUCUUUCCCAGGAAGUAAGCUGGGGUGCCACUGCCCUCCCCUGGUGACCCACAAAAAGUACCAGAUGUUGGCCCCCUGACGUAUCCCCCAUAUAGAGGCUUCAGAGUUCAGGAUGCCCCCUCUCUGGAAAGUGAACUACAGAUCACCCUUCCUACCUGGAAUCCCCAAAUAUGCAACCCCAACUAUAGGAUGGGGGUUCAGGCCCUGUAGUUAGGAGCAAGCCCGGGAACUCUGACACGCACCCUCUUCUGCAUGAGAGGAGUCUGAGCAAGGGGGUUGGAACCCAGGACUCCCUCUCCUCACAGGACUCAAGCGUCCCUGGAAAGGAAAAGUCCAGGAUGGAGGGAAGGGAAGAGCCGUGGAGCUGGGCUCUGGAGACCUCUAGUGCCAGAGCCCAUGACUUCCAUCCAGAUCCUGCCCUGGAAGCAGCUGGCACUUCCACAUCAGGGAUGCGACGCUCGGUGCUGGUCAGAAACCCAGGCCACAAAGGCCUGCGGCCCACUUAUGAAGAGCCUGACUCUGACCCAGAAGAACUGGACACCAACCCUGAAGAGCUGGACCCAGUUUCCGAAGACCCGGAGCCUGACCCGGAAGACCUCAACACUGUCUCUGAAGACGUGGACCCCAGCUAUGAAGAUCUGGAGCCCGUCUCAGAGGAUCUGGACCCGGAUGCCGAGGUUCCGAGCUCUGUCUCCGGGACCCGGGACUCAGAUCCCCAAGAUCUCGACCCCAUGUCUUCGAGUUUCGACCUCGACCCAGAUGUCAUUGGCCCUGUCCCCUUGGUCCUCGACCCUAACAGCGAAACCCUCAGCCCCACCACUGCCCCAGACCUGGACCCCCUGUCAUCCGGCCUCACUGCCAACCCCGAGGUCCUGGCCACCAGCGCCGCAGUGCUCCCUGCCCCCGCCAGUCCGCCCCGGCCCUUCUCCUGCCCUGAUUGCGGGCGAGCCUUCCGCCGUAGCUCGGGGCUGAGCCAACACCGCCGCACGCACAGCGGUGAGAAGCCGUACCGCUGCCCCGACUGCGGCAAGUCGUUCAGCCACGGCGCCACGCUGGCCCAGCAUCGCGGCAUCCACACGGGCGCGCGGCCCUACCAGUGCGCGGCCUGCGGGAAGGCCUUCGGCUGGCGCUCCACGCUGCUCAAGCACCGCAGCAGCCACAGCGGUGAGAAGCCGCACCACUGCCCCGUGUGCGGCAAGGCCUUCGGGCACGGCUCUCUGCUGGCGCAGCACCUGCGCACGCACGGAGGCCCGCGGCCGCACAAGUGCCCAGUGUGCGCCAAGGGCUUCGGGCAGGGCUCGGCGCUGCUCAAGCACCUGCGCACGCACACGGGCGAACGGCCCUACCCCUGCCCGCAGUGCGGCAAGGCCUUUGGCCAGAGCUCGGCGCUGCUGCAGCACCAGCGCACGCACACAGCCGAGCGGCCCUACCGCUGUCCGCAUUGCGGCAAGGCCUUUGGCCAGAGCUCCAACCUGCAGCACCAUCUGCGCAUCCACACCGGUGAGCGGCCCUACGCCUGCCCCCACUGCUCCAAGGCGUUCGGGCAGAGCUCGGCGCUGCUGCAGCAUCUGCACGUGCACUCGGGAGAGCGCCCCUACCGCUGCCAGCUCUGUGGCAAGGCCUUUGGCCAGGCCUCCAGCCUCACCAAGCACAAGCGGGUGCACGAAGGCGCCGCCGCUGCCGCCGCCGCCGCCGCCGCUGCUGCCGCCGGCCUGGGCCUCAGCCCUGCUUCCAUGUUGAGGUCGGGGCAGGUCUCUCUCUUGGGUCCUGAUGCUGUCUCUGUGCUUGGCUCUAGCCUGGGCCUCAGCCCUGGCCCCAGCUCUGGCCUUGGCCCUGACCCUGUGCUGGGUUCCCACCCCAAUCCCAGUCCCAAACCCACCUCUGGCUCCAGAUCUACCCCAAUCCCGGAUCCUGUCAAAUCUUCUGACCCUAAGCCUGGUCAGGACACCAGCCCUGACCACAGAUCUGAUCCUAGCCCCUACUCGGAUCCCAUGCCCAGCCCCGCUCCCAACCCUGAGUCCUUCCCUGAGCCCUGCUCUCCCACCCAUGACACUGUCAGCUCAGCCCUCCCUACUGGCGAAAGUCCCGAGUGGGGGCAGGAGCAAGGGGCACUUCUGGGGCCUGAUGGCUGAAGGGGACGCUGGCACCCACAGGGGCCUGCAGAAGUUGUGUGUCAUGCAGUUUAGUAAAAUCCACUGCCUCCUGG